GGCUGGUUAUCAAUCACUAAUCAACACAACAACUUAGUACCAGCUCUAUAAAUAAUCAUAGAGUCCUUACCCUCAAUUCUCUGGGACAUUAUUGCAAGAUGUCCAGUCAAACAAACCCAGCACAGGAAAUUCACCAUACCACACAGGAUUAUCUCGGGCCUUCCGACAGCGGUCGGGAUGUUUCAAUCAAGCCCGAGGCCUCCCCACAGGCCGGGCGAUCUUCCCGCAUUGCUACACGAAUCCCGAGGAGAAAAGGACCGUCUUCUCGCACCCCGCAGAGGCGCUCCCCACCAUCACCUUCAUACGCUUCUGCUUCUCCAGGAAUCCCCGACAUCAAGAAAUGGUCCAUCCUAGGCCUCGAACUAGCUCUUGAAAAUGCAGAUAUUCCAUUCUCACGUAAACAAACAAAGGCGCAACUGUUCAGCCUACUCCGCGAUAGCCGGAGGGCUACUCAACCCCCGCAAACAGCCGUGACAGCAAGCUCUGACUCCUCGUCUCUGCAAGCACGGAAAACACGGAGGUCUCAAAGACACCACAUGAAGCCAUCAGCUAGCCUGGGUCGCCCGCCGAUGUCUCCAGCAGCCAGCUCACAAGCGAGUCAGCUAGCAAGCCAGCCAGACAGCGCGAACAUGCUUCCGCUCACGGCAACGGCUUCGCUCCUCCCACUGCCCCUUCUUUCUCCCGGCCAAUGGCCUGCUGCCCCUCCGUCUCUCUAUCACACGGGGUUGCGUUCAGCAGCAGCGCCGGCCGCAUCUAUUUUUCCUUCUCACAUUUCUCCCAUUUUUUCCGCAGGAGCUGACACGAGCGCGGCAACGGCUUCGCUCCUCCCACUGCUGCUUCCUCCUCCCGGCCAAUGGCCUGCUGCCCCUCCGUCUCUCUAUCACACGGGGUUGCGUUCAGCAGCAGCGCCGGCCACAUCUAUUUUUCUUUCUCACAUUUCUCCCACUUUUUCCGCAGGAGCCGACACGAGCUCGGCAAAGGCUUCACUCAUCCCACUGCCGCUUCCUUCUCCCGGCCAAUGGCCUGCUGCCCCUCCGUCUCUCUAUCACACGGGGUUGCGUUCAGCAGCAGCGCCGGCCACAUCUAUUUUUCCUUCUCACAUUUCUCCCACUUUGCAGCAGGAGCCGACUCGAGCGUGAGGAUGCCUCCGCUAACGAGUCAGGCCCCGGUUUUCGCUGCAGGAGCCGACACGAGCGUGAGGAUGCCUCCGCUAACGAGUCAGGCCCCGGUUUUUGCCGCAGGAGCCGACACGAGCGUGAGGAUGCCUCCGCUAACGAGUCAGGCCCCGGCA